CGGCAAGACCGCCCUGAUCAUCUUCCUGCAGGGGAUCUGAGCUCUGCAUCUGCUCUAUCAACACUGUCGACAUCUUCAACGUCCUCGACGAGUCGGAUUCCACCCUUUCAGGGCCGCGGGGCGGGGCAAUUGUGCAGUCUCCUGUCAACGGUUGAGGAGCACGAAGUGUUGCUGACCGAAAAUCCGCGCACGGCGCCUCGAGACCUGCUGGAGCGAGAUUUGCAGUUCCUUGGACUGCUCUACUUCCGGAACGCGGUGAAGCGCUGCACUGCCAGCGCCAUCAGCGAAUUGCGACGUGGAGGCGUGCGCAGUGUGAUGAUCACGGGCGACAAUGUCUGGAAUGCCAUGCACAUCGCCAAAAAAACGGGAAUAGUCGUGCCAGUGCCAACUUCCGCGUCAGGCUGCGUGGACCAGCAGCCGGCGGCCAGCGCACAAGCUGCAGGAGGAGCACAAGGGGAACUACUACACGGAGGCACCACCCGACUUGCUUGCGACGUCAUUCUUGGCGAUAUCGUUAACGCGCCCGUGUUGACUAAGGGAAGUACCACUACUAGCGGUGCUGCCACUUCAGAAUCACAACAAAACGCGAACUCGGGGCCCAAGCUUGUUUGGACGCGAGAAGUGUCGCAUCGCAAACUGGUGUCACCGACCUCGUGCUGUUCCUCCGCGACGGAAGACUUCGACGACGACGCUAGGAAACCGCUGCUGCAGCACGGAGACCACUCGGAGGCCACAGGGCCGCAAGAAGCCGAUGAGUACACGAGCCGUGUGCUGUCCAAAUCUGACGUACUAGACUUGGUGCACAUGGAAGAAGAUGAAAAACACGGCCGGGCUGAGUCGUGGUCAAAGAGAAGAACCGCACGAAAUUUUAACGGCCGAGCGCAAAAACCGCAGUCAAAUUCGUGUGAUGCCAGUCCGGUGUUCGCGCUUUCUCAAGCGGCAUUCACCCAUUUGGCUGAGACCGACCCGGGUUUUCUAGACGAAAUUUUUCCGAAAGUUCUCAUCUUCGGAAGCAUGAGCCCCAGCGGAAAGGUGGACGUCAUCAGAAAUUGGAAAAAACGCGGCGUGGUGGUAGGCAUGUGCGGCGACGGCGGAAACGACUGCGCAGCACUGAAGAUGGCGCACGUCGGCGUGGCGCUCGUCCCCGCCGACGGCCGGACCACAGAAGUUUCCAUCGUCGCACCCUUUUCGGCCAGCGCGAGAUCAUCUUCUGAUAAGGCAUCUUCCCACGACGACGUGCACAGCAAAUCGGACGCUGGUGAUCCUGUCCGAGCCAGCAGCAACAAAAUUUUUGCCGACGUGUCGAUCCAUGCGGUGGUGGAGCUGCUGAAGGAGGGUCGCUGUGCGCUCGAGAACUGCGUGGCGUGUUACAAGUUUUUCCUGUACUACGGCAUCCUAUCCGCGAUCUCGAAGAUGCUGCUGAAGCCCCAGCUGAGCUACUACAGCGAGCUGCACUUCUUCUUCCAGGACGCGAUUUUCUUGGUGCUGGUCACCUACGCCUUGGCGUCCAACCAGCCGCACAAGUUCCUCAGUGCCUGCACGCCCUGCGGCAACGUGCUGCAAUGGCCGAUCCUGCUGGACAUUUCCCUGCCCGUCGUGUUCCAGACCGCCGCCUUGCUGGCGUCGUACGCAGUGCUGGAGGCCCAGUCCUGGUUCCGGGCCGCCGACUGGUACCGGAUGCACACGGACGUGGCGUCCUGGGCGGACCAGCAGGGCACCUUCGUCAGCGGGCUGACGGGGUGGUGGGCCAUCUUCGGGGGCCUCAGCAUGGCCGUCACCUACAGUCUGGGUUCCAAGCACCGCCGCACCUGCUUCCGCAACUACGCGCUCGCGGGCCUGCUCCUCUUCACGCUCCCGCUCUACUUGUUUCUGCUGUUCGGGUAUGCAAUACAAAUUUCCCGUACAUGUACAACAUGCAUCACAAAUUUCAGUGAUUUGGAGCGUAAAACUUGUCAUGCUAAACUAGGAUUGAAGCCAAGUUUUGUCAUGCAGCGACCGCAUUUGUACGUGUACGGGAAAUUUACUGUGGAUAUCGGGACGGACACGGGACUGCACUGCGCCUGGCGGAUGAACUGCGACAACGCGAACAGUCACGUCACGGACUUGUACCCCUUCACGCUGCUGCUCAGCAGCCGGGACCAGAAAAACAGCGCGUUCUGGUUCGCGAACGCGCUGUCGAACCAACAAAACUCGUACCUGCUGCUGGACGCCGGAAGACGCUGGUCGUCGUCCUCCGCGGGUACGGGCAGUCCCGCGUCCUAUCCCUUCGAAAAUCAAGGGGGAAUCGCUGCGGUGGGGCAGGAGUGCCAAGCGGCGCGCCAGGCGCUGCAGCAGGAGCACGGGCUGGACGUAACGCUGCGCAUCGCCGCUCCGGGACUCGUUUCGCAAUGUAUAGUCCUGAAUAAAUACUUGUGUUUCACAGAAAUGGUUUAUUUUUUCUGCCUGCUGCGGUCUUUCGUUAUCAGAGUGAAAAUGAAAUGAAAACGAACCGAAAUAAAAUCAAAACCACAAUUCAGGUGUCUUGGAAGUGCAGCUGCAGCCGACCCCGACCAGCAUAUCCUCUGACAACGAGGCGGUCGCAGAGCACCACGCGAAAGUCUGCCAGGACUUGUGCGUGAAUACCUGGUCAAGUGGAGACGAUGCGCAAGGCAGAAACCGCCCCACGGCGGAAAGUAGGUUUUUCUGUUGGUGGGCCGCAACCGCAGCACGAAGGGCGCGCAAUUCAUCAACUGCAGGCCCUGCAGCACCCGCGCCCGAGACCAGGGUUUGCUACCUCGCUCCGCAACUCGACGCAUACGGGUUUCGAUCGGUGGGUCCGGCGUAUCGGCUCAUCGCGGAGGAGGUUUCUGCAGAAAAUGAGAAGCAAGUGCGCCUGCCCUUCUUAGCCUCGAGACCACCAUUAAGCGCGAGCGGUGGCUCCGGUGCGGACGACGCAGAGGAGGUUUUUCAAUAUGAAGAUCAGCUUUCCGCCACAAUGAAAGCAUCUACUGAGGUCGAAAAAGUUCCGCUGACCACCCUGCAGUACCGCAACGCGCACAACCUGUUCGGCCUGGAGGAAACACUCGACUUCGGCUACCGUGGUCGCCAGGAAAAAGGAAGCCGAAAGCAGCGCCGUCUGGAUAAAAGCUUUGCUUGGGUGUUUCUUGCCAUUUGCACAGCUGCGUUCGGUCUCGGGGCGCUCUGUUCUUGGGCGAUCCGCGGUGAAGUUUUCUCUACCCUCAAGUAGGCGCCCCGAAAGACGGAGCUUCAGGCUACGAUGGGCGACGGGCGACGUCGACUUCGUGCUCGCUGUGCGUCGGAUGUCCUUUCAUUCCAUUGUCAUGUCAGGCUGUCCUCACUAAAAAAUAUCUCGGUACAUCCAGUUCCAACGACUGCAAUUUUCGAUAACACGAAUCUGAGCCGAAGAAUUAUUUGCGACUUUGAGCGAAUAGCGUUUUUAUUUCAGGGGUAACUACGUCGACACGGAACUCAGUAGUCGGCAAAGACCCUGCUGCAGUUCCGGCCGACCGACGCUAUCUCGUGACGACUUUACGUUUACGACCCAAACUCAAUGCGUACUGAUUUCCCCUUGGGAUGUUUGCAAUUACACCCAAAAUUAUCGAAUUUCUGACCGUGAGCGACAUCAGGAUUAAAGCAAAACCAAAACAUAACCAAAAUUACACUUGACAAAGGCGCAUUAUCGUCCACCACAAUUAUGGAAGAAGCGAAU